AUGACCGACCCACCAACGGAAAAUGUGCCUCAAAGUUCAGAAACACUCUCGGGUACGCCAGGAAACGUCGCUCCUGAGCUCACCACGCCGUCGCCAAAACAAAAUACAGAUUCCCCAACUCCAAGGCAGCCACUUGCGAUAUCCUCAGAUGUGGGUGUAGAAAGCCACGGAGACGAGAUAUCGUUACCUCCAGUAGAUAAUGCCUGUCCGCAAGUCGCUUGUGCAAGAUUUGGAGGGGAAAUGGCUGUGAUGAUGUUUCGACAAGGACUCGAGUCGCCUCGCGGGACGAUCAACCUGACGUUCGAUCUCGAUCAUACACUCUAUCUCCAAAUUGCUCGGUGGGCUAAGCGCAAGUCGUCACCAACGUAUGUAGAUUUGGAACAAAGUGUCUGUGUGUCGUUCGCUUGCUAUCAUCUCCCUAGUCUCUUGCCAAAUCCACCGGAAGAUGAUCAGCCGACUCCGUUUGAGAAACUUACGAUGGAUUCGCAAUGCUUGUGGCCCGCGACUGGGGACCUUUCACUGCAGACAAAGCGGGAUGGGAAGGAUUUUAUUAUUCCACUAGCUCCACCCAUUUUCGUUACUCCAGACAAUUGCGUUGAUAUCUCCGCAUUUAUCAGAAGCGGAGAAAACGCAUUUUCGGUGGUCCAACAGAGCGACAUGUCAGACUAUAUGUUUAUUCUCCACGCCCAUCAUCCCACGCCUGCGCAGCUUAGCUAUCUUGCUUCCUGCAGACAGAAGCGUGAGGAUUGGGCGAAGACCACGCGUGCUUUUUGCACAUCUGAACCGACGGAAUCUUUAUGGAGGCGAUCCCAGUCGCAGACAUGA